GAGAGAGAGAGAGAGAGAGAGAGAGAGAGAGAGAGAGGGAGGGGCAGCGAGAGAGGUGAGAAAGCAGAGCUACACCCAUCUUUCCUUAUCAUCACACCAGGGUUUCUCAUUAGCAAAUCGGGGGCUCAGUAAUCCAGCAGGUGGUAGCAAGAGAGAGCAGAAGAAUCGAGCUUAUGCUAGAGAGGGAGGCCGGACAUCCAAAAGCAGAGAGCUGAUGUAGGGGCAGAGAGAGCGAGCAAGAGGGAGGGAGGCAAGCAGAGCAGGGGAGAAGCGGCAGGAUCGGGGUGACGUCAGCAGCACGAGGGACUGAGGUGUUGAGUCCUGCUGAUUUAUCCGAGCUGAUAAGGAAAGAGAAAAAGCAGGAGCCCGUGGAGGCUCCCCGGGAGAAUCGGCUGUUCUUAGUGGCUACGGCAGACGGACAAAAGGAGGGAGCUAAAGAAAGAGAGAAGCUAGAACUCAAGAACAUUCAAGACAAUCCAAACUUAAGGACGAGGGCAACUAAGUGCAACACAUUAGCCUACCAAGUCAGACCAAGAUGCCCAUGAACGGGAUAAACAAGGCGCUGAAACUGCAGUUCGGGCUCAUCAACCACGAAAAUCGCUACCUGACAGCGGAGGCCUUCGGAUUUAAGGCGAAUGCGUCCGCGACCAGCAUGAAGAAGAAGCAGAUCUGGGUGCUCGAGCAGGAUGAGAACGACAGCCAGGUGAUAUACCUGCGGAGCCACCUAGGCCGAUAUCUGGCCUCCGACAGGGACGGGAAGGUGAGCUGCGGAGCGGAGAAGCCGGAGACGGAUUGCCGCUUCCUGAUCGUGGCACAGUCAGAUGGCCGCUGGGCGCUGCAGUCUGAGCCCUACCAGCGAUACUUCGGAGGCUCAGAGGAUUACUUGUCUUGCUUUUCCCAAUCCAUUGGAGAACCGGAGCUAUGGGCUGUACACCUGGCGCUGCAUCCACAGGCUAACCUGUUAAGCAUUAGCCGCAAGCGCUACGCCCACCUGGCAGUGUCUGACGACGAGAUCUCUGUCGACAGCAACAUCCCUUGGGGUGUGGAUUCCCUGCUCACCCUUGUGUACCUGGAAGGCAAGUACUGCCUGAAGACCUGUGACAACCGCUUCCUUAAUCAUGACGGCAAGCUGGUGAUGCAGAGUAGCCAGGGCACGAGCUACACCCUGGAGCUCAAGUCUGGAAAGCUGGCCUUCAAGGACUGUGAGGGGAAGUACCUCUCCCCUGUGGGCCCGACUGGAACCUUGCGUUCUGGACGCUGUUCUAAGCCCGGCAAAGACGAACUGUUUGACUUGGAGGAGAGCCGUCCACAGGUGGUCUUCCAGGCAGCUAACAACAGAUUUGUCUCAAUCCGACAAGGGGUCAGCGUCUCAGCCAAUCAGGGCGACGAGACGGAGAUGGAGACCUUCCAGGUGGAGAUCGACAAAGAGAGCAGGAAGUGCGUCUUUCAGACUAAAGCAGGCGACUCCUGGACGCUGGUGUCCCACGGCAGCAUCCAGUGCACAGCUACGGAAGGGGGUGCCAACACCAUGUUCCAGAUUGAGUGGCUGGGCCGCAGGGUGGCCGUCCGCGCCGGCAACGGCAGAUACGUGUGCACGAAGAAGAACGGGCAGCUGGCCGCCAUCAGCGAGGCUGUGGGAGAGGACGAGCAGUUCUUGUUGAAGCUCAUCAACCGACCCAUCUUGAUCCUCCGGGGGGAAAACGGCUUCGUGUGCCAUCACAAGAGCUCUAACACGCUGGACACCAACCGCUCCGUCUACGACAUCUUCACUCUGCAUUUCAGCGACGGCGCCUACCACAUCAAAGGUACCAACGGGAGGUUCUGGUACGUCUCCAGCAGCGGCCUGGUGUGCUCAGAUGGGGAGAUCCCCGAGGAUUUCUUCCUGGAGCUGCUGGAGCAGGGGCGAGUGGCCAUCAAGGGAAAGAACGGGAAGUACCUGCGCGGGGACCAGGGCGGCACGCUGAAAUGCGAUGGCGAUGCAGCGGACAGCUCUUCCCUCUGGGAGUACUGA